CUGGAGCCUGGUUCCCUGGAUAACACGAUAAGACUGGAGGGGAGCCAGCAGGGCCCCCGUUCGGAGAGGUGGACCCAUAUCUCAGUCAACGCGCGCAGCCAGGGCCCCAUUAUCUCCAGCAGGCAGGGAGGCGUAUCCUCUCCCCCCCUCUCCUCUGCACUCUCCCUCUCCCUCUCACCCACUGUACUGACUACAACCUGCCUCAGACGACGCCCCACAGCCCAUGAGAUUUGCGCACCAGGGCGCCGUCGCAGCCACCGUGCGUAUUUUCUCACUCCACAAGGAAAUCAUCGAGCUCUCGUGGUUCUCCUCCUCGAUCCUGCCGGGCUGUGCGCACAGGCUGCCCGCGGCAUCACCUCAGCAUUAGCAGCCAGCGUGCCACUCAGAGGAGGAAGAAGCAGCAGCAGUAGAGGAGGAGGAGGAAGAGGAGGAGGAGGAAGGGGUGGCAGAGUAUUCCGAAUUGACGCUCAGAAAUAAACAAGACGACAGACAGCCUGGUUUUGGGAGACGUCCGCGGCUGGGAAGCGAAUCUGCAUGAUGGCUGAGGUGUCACAAGAGGAGAGACUCCAGGCCAUCUCUGAGAAAAGGAAGAAGCAGACAGAGAUUGAAAACAAGAGGAGGCAGCUGGAUGAUGACCGAAGGCAACUCCAGCAUCUCAAGUCGAAGGCACUGAGGGAGCGCUGGUUGUUAGAUGGAGCUCCGGCGGAGGAGGAGACUCAGAAGCGUCUGCACGAGGACGAGGUGAAGACCAAACUUCUGGAGCAGGUCAUCCUCAGGCUGGAGCAAGAGAUCGAAGAACUGGAGACAGAUGAGCCAGCAAACAAGGGUGUGGCCAAAGAAAAUGGAGGUGAAAAUGGAGUAGUGCAGACCUCUGGUCACACCCCCAAGAGAGAGGUGACAGGGAUAGAGGCCAAGCUGCUGGGUCCCAGUCCUGACCAGGCUAGUGCAGACAACCCCGUCACCCUGGUGUUCAUGGGCUACAAGACCGUCGAAGAGGAGCAGGAGAGCCACACGGCCCUGGGAAUGGAGGGGGUGGACGGCAACGUGAAGGCCGAGUUUGUUGUGAUCGAAGAUGGGGAGGGGAAAGCAGGCGGAGAGGCAGCCACGGAUGAGCAGGCUCCGCCCAACGGGAGCAUGGCAGAGAAAGAGAAGGCCAAUGGAGGCGGGGAGGAGGGAGAGAAGGAGAAGGAGAAGAAACAGACCUGCAAAUGCUGCACGGUCAUGUGAGAUGUGUGCGUGUAAACGUGUGUGUGUGUGUGUAUGUAUGGGCACACACUUGCAUCUGUGUGUGCGUGUGUCUGUAUUUGCUGUGUGUUUGUUUAUGUGUGUUU